AGUUUCCAUGGUGCUGUGCAGCGGUGUGUGCUGGUGUUAGCUUCCUGGCGUCUGUGUAGUCGCCAUAACGACUUGUUACAAAACCUCGCGUCACCAGCCUCUCGACGCGUCGUAUCUUGGUUACGGAAGUGGGCGUAGUGCGCGUGUACCGUAUAUGUUCCAAAUUAGCGUAAAUGUCCACAAUGAAACACCCGUGGGUCGAAGUGCAAGAGGUCACGUGAGCCCCACGUGUAUUCGGUAGCGGCGCCCGGUUCUUCUUCGGAGCAGGAACUAUGGCUGUGCCAGAGGCAGAGAGCGCUGGAAACGGCUCGAAACAGUUCGGCUCGUUUCUGUUUCCCCAGAUCCACGACAACCUGGACGGGUGGGGGCCGUGCGAGGUUCCGGAGCAGUUCAGAGACACUCCCUACCAGCCGUUUUCCAAGGACGACCGCCUCGGGAAACUCUCUCGCUACUCUCCCUGCUGCAGGUGGCUGACUGGUCUGGCAGCAUGUACACCGACAGGAGAUCUGCCAACAAGUAUGUGAAUGUGUACGGACUGGGUGGCCAGACGUACACCUACCACCACGAGCAAGAUGAGUCAACGUUCCAACUGGUGGACACUGCCAAGAUGCAGAAACCGCUCUACCAGAAGGGGAGACCUCGGUUCAACCAGCAAAAGAUCAGGAGGGACAGGGAGAGGAGAGAGGAGAGGAGGAUGGGAGGGAAACAGCAGAUGGCUCUACGAGGCCAGAGAGACAGGGAGAGGCAGAGGAAGAAGAAGAAAAAGUGGGUCAACUUCACCCGCUACGAUAAGAACCAGCCGUCUCAGAAGACACGAGAUCCGUCAGUAAGAGUGCACAACGACUGGGAAGUGGUCCACGAGAUAGAAUUCUCACAACUCUCAAAACUCAAUUUCAUGCCCGGCACUCCCAAGGAACUUUGCGUGUGUGGGUCUCUGGGUAACUAUGACGUUGCCAAGGAGAAGAAGAUAUCCCUCAAGUCCCCACUUCCUCUCCAGUCCUGCGACCGCAUCUUCCACACUGUCACCACCACCGAUGACCCUGUCAUUAGGAGGCUGACUAAGAGUCCAGAGUGCAGUGACUGCAAGGUGUUUGCCACGGACACCAUACUCACCACCCUCAUGACCUGCGCUCGCUCAAACUACUCCUGGGAUAUCGUGGUCCAGAGAGUGGAGGACAUGCUGUUCUUUGACAAGAGAGACAAUUCCCAGUUUGGUGAGUUGGAAGUCAUGUGCGCCAGAGAGGGAGAGACAGUUGGGGGAGAUGGGUUUCGC